UAAACUAGAGCCAAAGAUCCACUCAAGUAUAUGAAGAUUUUUUUUUUUUUUGUUCCUGUGUUGUGUGCCUAGUAGGAAAUGGCAAAAGCAGUGAGGCAAGUCAUUAUUCCAUAGUGAUCAGCUCAGUGCAGUGGGAUUACUACUAUGAGUAGUGGUUAGUGCAGGCUUGUAGGGAAAGAAAGGGCAGUUCACUUUUCAGCUCUCAUUUUAUUCUUUUUUUUUUUUCCUGAGCUGUCUUCUGAUCUAACCCAGAUGAAUUCCUAUUUUGUAAAUCCGCUCUACUCCAAAUACAAAGCAGGAGAAGCCAUAAAUCCGGUUUACUACGACUGUCACUUUGGCCAAGAUGUCAGCAGCAGCAGCAGCAGCAGGCACCCUCUGGUGUUCAGUGGCAGUUCAGCUCUGCAGCACCCCAACCAGGACCUCUACCAUCGGGGGACCCCCGCAGCCAUCCCGAGCCCCUCAGGCUAUCAGCAGGCUCCUUGUGGGAUUACGUGUCAUGGUGACCCCACUAAAUUUUACGGAUACGAUCACUUACAGAGACAGCAGAUUUUUACGACACAUCAAGAGGCCGAGCUGGUCCAAUAUCCUGACUGUAAAUCGUCCACUGCUAAUAUUGGAGACGAUCCAGAGCACUUAAAUCAGAACUCUUCUGCUUCUCAAAUGUUCCCCUGGAUGAGACCACAAGUAGCCCCUGGGAGAAAGAGAGGAAGACAGACCUACAGUAGAUUCCAAACGCUGGAACUGGAGAAAGAAUUCCUGUUUAACCCUUACUUGACCAGGAAGAGAAGGGUGGAGGUGUCUGAUUCCCUUGGACUCACUGAAAGACAGGUGAAAAUCUGGUUCCAGAACCGAAGGAUGAAAUGGAAAAAAGAAAACAACAAGGAAAAAUUUCCAAUCUCCCCAAAGGAGGGGAAGGAAGAUGCCAAAGAAAGUAUGGUGGAGGAAGACAGAGGAGGAGACACCAACUGACUUCCUCUGUCAUGAGUGACGUCAUAGACUAUUUCCAUGGUAGGGAUAAGAGUAGAGUCCACCAUUUACUUACUAACCCGCACAAAGCACCAGGAUCUACAACUACCUAAACCUUGAGAGCAGGGGAACUGUGCCUUCCCUGCUGUGCUGAGAACUCAGGUCCCACCAUACUCCUCUAGCCUUGCUGGGACUUGUGGUCCCAUCACAGCCACCUAGAUGCUGGCUUCCAGAAUCUCCUCUGUACACAUGGGACCUUAUAUAAGUAGAUUGCUCUAAGAUUGACCAUACACUGUACAAUCUGAUUGUCUCAAUGAGAUCUAUCAGUAUAUAGUACAACAGCCGGCCUGAUACUAAAAGAUUUAUUAUGCUCAUAUUACACUGUUUAGGAAAUUGUACAGAUUGUAUAGCCUAUAGGCCCAGCACACACCUUAGAAUUCAACUGUACAAUCUCUGUAAAAUCACUAUACAUCUACCAAAAUUAUGACAUAUGAGGAUCUACCUAAACUAUCUCACAAUAUGUAUCCAAUCCGACAGGUUCUUGCACUACAUAGUUGGUAAAUCUUAAGGAGAUUGUACAAUCAGAUUAGGACAUGUGUGGCGAAGCUUGGGCUUACCAUAUACACUAUACAAUCUCUUUGGCUACACAUUAUACAAUUGUCUUGUACAACUUUCCUCUAGAUUUACAAAAAACAUAUAAUUUAUGGUCAAACCUAAACACUUUCAAAUUGUAUGCAACCAGGCAGGCCCUUGCACCACAUGGUUGAGUAAAUCUAAGGAAAAAAUUAAAAUAAAAAAUUGUAUAAAAAUAAAUUCAUAAUGUGUAGCCAGCUUUACUAUCAACUGUGCAGUG